AAGGAAGUUUUUUAAGAUAAGCUAUCUUCCAGUGUAGCAACUCUUGAUAAUUUGCACAACCAAAUGAAGACGUUGUCUUUGAGAUUUGAGUGUUCAGAGGAAGUUGUUGGAAAUUGCAAAAGGGAGUUGAAAGAACUCAGCAUUGAAAAAGAGGAGAGCGAGAAAUAUUUUAGAGAUGAACAGUGCAAAACUACCAAUGUCAUUGAGGAAAAAGAUGCUAUGAUCAAGCAUUUGGAAGCAACUGUAUCUGCUACCAGAUUGGAUAUGGAGAGCUUAACUCAAAGAUGGAAGAGUUGCAUGUUGGUUUGAAAUUUAAGGAGGGGAUGACAUUCAAGUUGGAGAAUUUCAGAAGAGAUGUAGGAGACAGAAAAGAAUGAUCUAAAAUCUGUGUAAGUGACAUUGAAUGAAUUGACAAAAAAAAUGUAGAUACCCCUCAUGAGGAUGGAGGACAAGGUGAGGAUGAGGGACACGAAGAAGAGUUGGGAAGAGAUGAAGAUGAUGACGAUGAGGGAGACAAAGAAGAGUCGGGAACAGAAAAUGUUGAAGACGGAGAUGAAUUUUCUAAGGAGCCUUGACCUUGGCCUUUUCAUUGU